UUUCAUUAAUAUAAUGCAGGCGCUGGUUGGGCAGCUGUCACUCACAGGUUUUGAGGACCCUUCGAUCCAACAUGGCGGCGCCCGGUGGCACUCUGAAUUGUGAGGACUUUUUAAUGUUUCAGGAGGUGUUAAAAGCAAUGCGUACCUUUGAUGACAGGAUUGUCCACGCUCUCAACACCACCGUGCCCACGGUGUCCUUCUCAGGCAAAGUGGACGCUACGCAGAUGUGCAAAGAGCUCUAUGAGUCUCUUACGGAGUCCCAUGUGAGUAGAGACAAAGCAAUAAAGUCGUGUAUUAGAGAAACUUCAGAGGUUGUUGGGAGGUUACGUGAAGCGAGGACAAAGGACAGCGACAACCUGUCAAUUAUCAAACAACUCAGGAAAGAGCAGAACAAGUUAAAACUCAUGCAGUCUGAGCUGAACGUUGAAGAAGUCAUCAAUGAUCGCAGUUUGAAGGUUUUCAACGAACGAUGUCGAAUCCACUACACCCCCCCCAAGAUCAAUUAAACCUCAGUGCCCUUUGUAGAGAUCUACAGUAGACACUGAAAUGGCUGGGACUCACAACUGGAGUGAACUGGAAUGCAACCAGAAACCUUCUGCAGCCGCUGUGUCUGAGCUCUAUAAAACCCUCUCAUCAGAAUCAGAAUCAGAAUCAGGUUUAUUGUCCAAGUGUCGACACACACAAGGAAUUUGGUUCCAGCUGUUUGUACAGACAUAAAUAACACUAUAAACUGAUUCUCACUGUUAGUCUGAAUUCCUGUGUUUCUACAGUCAUUUCUGCUCUUCAUACAGCCUGGUGUACAAAAAAAUUGAUUUUUUUUAUAAACAUUUGUUUUUUUUCUCCAGUGGCCAGUGUGUGUUCAGUUCUACUUUCUCUUUACAGUUUACAUUGCAGCCUGAAUUACAUGUGAGACCAAGUUAGGUGUUUGUGUGUACGUUGUUUGUGUGUGGGUGGGUGUGUUCGAUCUGGUGUGUGUGUGUGUUCAGUCCUGUGAGUGUGUGUUCGAUCGUGUGUGUGUGUGUGUGCGAGCUGUUAUCCUUUUAGUUGAGUUUCAACAAGUUACUGCAAAGUGUAAACCUGUCUGUCAUGUCUGGUGUUAAAUAACCCACUCCAGUGUUAAGUAACCAUUGCUAGCUGGAUAUUUGCUGGGAUUUCAGCCUGCAACAAACCAUACAGUUGCACAAGUUUCAUCUAAUAGAGAAGGAAUGCAAACAAAAUAUAUAUUUCUACCAAAAAUUUAUAAUAAACUCUGUAUUUUUAAAUACAAGUUUAAACACCA